AGCGGAUGUUCUACGUGAAUUUCUCAAGAACCGAUGGGCAAAAACAACAAGUAUUAUUAACCACAGCCUACCGGCUUCUGAGAAACAGAGAUCAGUGUCAGAACUCAUAGUGCCACAAGAAGGAUCGAAGGAAAAUGAUAAGAUCUCAGCACUGCCAGAGCAACCAAGUAGUGCAGUCAGGUUUAAUCAAUAUGCAGGAUAUGUUACUGUUGAUGCAAAUGCUGGUAGAGCCUUGUUCUAUUAUUUGGCUGAAUCAUCUGGUGACCCUUCGACAAAGCCUCUCGUUUUGUGGCUAAAUGGAGGGCCUGGUUGCUCUUCAUUAGGGGCUGGGGCAAUGGAUGAACUUGGGCCAUUCCGCGUUAAUAAUGAUGGGAAAACGUUAUGGCUGAACCAAUUUGCAUGGAACAAUGUGGCGAACAUCCUCUUUUUAGAAUCACCAGCUGGUGUUGGAUUCUCUUACUCUAAUACAUCAGCAGAUUAUAUUACUGGAGACGAAAAAACUAGACAAGACAGUUUCACCUUUCUCCUCAAUUGGAUGGAAAGAUUCCCAGAAUAUAAACAUCGAGAUUUCUAUAUUGUUGGAGAAAGUUAUGCUGGCCACUAUGUGCCUCAACUUGCUCAGCUGAUCUUAUCCCACAGGAAAACAGAGCCCAACCUUGUUAUUAACUUGCAAGGAAUAGCUACAGGGAAUGCCCUCCUAGACUUUGAAACAAUGCAGAGUGGUUCAUAUGACUUUUAUUGGACACAUGCACUAAUAUCAGAUGAAGUCCAUGAUGGAAUUGUCUUGAAUUGCAACUUCUCAGCAGAGACAACCUCAGAAGCUUGUAAUGAGUACAUUAAGCAAGCAGAUUCAUCUCUAGGAAACAUAUAUGCCUAUGACAUUUAUGCCCCACUGUGCGACCCCAAUGCCAAUACUUCACUUCCCGUAUGUGGAUUUGAUCCAUGCUCAGACAAUUAUGUAAACUCUUACCUAAACUCUGCUGAAGUACAAAAGGCACUUAAUGUCAGAAGAAUACCAUAUUCCUGGGCUCCUUGCGCUUCACACUUGCAUUGGAAGGACUCUCCGUAUACUGUUCUACUGGUCUUUCAAGAGCUCAUGCAAAGUGGAAUUAGGGUUUGGAUAUAUAGCGGAGAUACAGAUAGUGUUUUGCCUGUAACAACGACUAGAUAUGAUAUAAACAAAAUCAAGAUACCAGUGAAAACACCGUGGUACUCUUGGUACUUCCAAGGCGAGGUUGGUGGUUAUGCAGUGGAAUACGAGAACUUGACAUUUGUGACGGUAAGAGGAGCAGGACAUUUCGUGCCAAGCUAUCAACCUGGUCGUGCAUUGACCAUGUUCUCAUCCUUCAUCAAUGGCACACUCCCUCCCUCGUUAUAGAUAAAUCAUCAUUCUUGAAAAAAGGAAAGCUGAUUUGAGAUGGAAUUAUACUCUUCAUCUGAUAUUCCUGUAACAAAAAUCAAUUAUCAGUCAUGACA